AUGGAUAAGUUGAUGUGGAUGACGACGCCAGCGACGUCGACCACCGUGACGUCAGAGGAAGGGCCUCCGGAUACGUGGCAGCCGAAUGUGACGGCGGCCUCUGACGGCAGACAGCCGGAGGGCAGCGGCGGCGGCUGGCAGCUGGUGUUGGCCAUCGCGCUCAAGUCGUCCGCCAUGGGCUUCAUCAUCGUGGCGGCGCUGUUCGGCAACCUGCUGGUGAUCGUGAGCGUGAUGCGCCACCGCAAGCUGCGCGUGCUCACCAACUACUUCGUGGUCUCGCUGGCGCUGGCCGACAUGCUGGUGGCGCUGUGCGCCAUGUGCUUCAACGCGAGCGUCGAGCUGACGGCCGGCACCUGGCUCUUCGGCUACUUCAUGUGCGACGUGUGGAACUCGCUGGACGUGUACUUCUCGACGGCGUCCAUCCUGCACCUGUGCUGCAUCAGCGUGGACCGCUACUACGCCAUCGUGCGGCCGCUCGACUACCCGCGCAUCAUGACGCCGGCGCGGCUCGCCGCCAUGCUGGCCGUCGUGUGGUGCUCGCCGGCGCUCGUCUCGUUCGUGCCCAUCUUUCUCGGCUGGUACACCACUGACGAGCACCUCGAGUUCCGCCGCCGGCACCCGGACCGCUGCGCCUUCACCGUCAACAAGGCGUACGCCGUCGUCUCGAGCAGCGUCAGCUUCUGGGUGCCCGGCGUCAUCAUGAUCUUCAUGUACUACCGCAUCUACGUCGAGGCCGACCGCCAGGAGCGCAUGCUCUACAGGACGAAGGUGGCGGCGGCGCUGCUGAACAAGCACCUGCAGAUCAACGGCAUCGGCGGCGGCAUCAGCACGCUCAACGGCGGCGGCGCGCACGCUCGGCAUCAUCAUGUCCGCCUUCCUCGCCUGCUGGCUGCCCUUCUUCCUCUGGUGAGUCCACCUACCUGUUCGAGUUUCAUUUUUUUUGGUCCUUCUUCUGCCUAG